AUGUUCUAAAAUAAUUUGAUUGCUUUGGAGACUAUCAUUAAAUAACUUUCUCUUAAAGAUAAGGAAUCUAUACCGAUACUUAUUUGCUCUAAUUUAUUUGGAAAUUUAACCCCUCUAGAUUUUUCAAUUAAAAAUCAUCAAUAAAAGAUUAUCAACACUAUUUUAUCAGUGAUUUUAAAAUACUAAGAUCAUCUUGUUUUUAACUAACUGAUUGAUAAAAAUCUAUGUGAAUUAAUAAAACAAUAAAUCGAUUUGCAAGAAUACUUUGACAGUAACUUGCCUUAAUAUCAAAUUUUAGACCCGUAAUUUACAAACCAACAUUCUGAUGAGCGUGAAUUAAUAAUUGGAAUAAACUUAAGACAUCCAAAAGAUAUUCAUUAAAAGUAUGACGAUUUGUUAAUUAAAAAAUUAAGUUAACUUUCAUAAAAUGAAGAUGAUCCAAUGGUAUCAAUUGAAUAUCACAUGAUAAAUUUACCAAUUACUCUUCAAAAUUAACCAACUAAACUUAUGAAAGUUCUCAGUGAAUCAGAUAAGCCUGAAUACUUUGAAAAUAAGAUUAUCUAGAGCAUAAUAAACUUUAAAUGGAACUAAUACACCAAAUCAUUUUAUUAGUAAAAUUUCUAAAUCUAUUUGAUAUUUAUGGUAUUUUUUAUUUUUGACAUAUUCUACACUACUUACACGUCUAAAUAAAAUGAUAAAAUUGAUGAAUAAUUAUCAGCAUAAACUGAAGUUGAAGAAACUAGACCCAAUAUCUGGGUGAAAACAUCUACUAAAAUAAUAUGUUCAAUUGUACUACUGUACUUUUUAAUUCACGAAAUAAGACAAAUAAGAAUCUAAAAAUCAAGUUAUUUUAGUGAUGGAUGGAAUUAUUUCGAUUUUUUUCACAUUAUAUCAUUUGCUACAUUUUGUAUUAUGGAAUUCACAGUUAAUGAUAAAGUAAAUCUUAUAUUGAUAGAAAUUCUGGUUAUUAUUCUAUCAUUUAUGAAACUAUUUUUCUUUCUCAGAAUAUACGAUGGAUUCAGUUUCUUAGUAUAAAUGAUGGCAGGAGUUUUCAAAGACAUAAAAUACUUCAUCAGUUUCUUCCUGAUAAUGAUUCUCCAAUUCGGAAUGAUAUUGUUGGUUUUAUUUAAAGCUGAAGAAAUUGAUGAGUAUAAUGGGGUAAAUGGAAUGGCCUACUUCUUAAUGGCCUUUAGAAUAUCCUCUGGCGACUUUCAAUUAGAUAAUUAUUAAAAUUAAGGAAGCUUACUAGUCAUAGUCUCAUGGAUUAUAUGGAUUUCAGCAGUGUUUACCUUAAAUAUUGUUUUCAUGAACUUUAUCAUUGCGGUGAUAUCUGAAUCAUAUGAAAGAGUUAUGCAAAAACUAGUAGCAGAAUCAUACAAGGUGAAAGCUAAUAUGAUUGUUGAAAGAGAAUAACUUUUCACAUCUUCAGAGCUUCUAAACAAAGAAAUGUUUCCAAAUUAUAUAGUUAUUAGAGGAUAAAUCAACAAUAAUAACAAUGAAAGUGGGGAAUGGCAAGGCUUCAUUAAAGAUCUUAAAUAUACAAUAAGAACAUCAGCUGCAAAAUCAAAAUAAGAAUUAAUAUAAAAUAAUAACUCUUAAUAUUCUAAAAUUUCUUCUGCUAUCAUUGAUGCUUAAACUUAGAAACAUAAGAAAAAUAGCAAAAAUGAUGAAAUAUAAGUAUAAUUUGGAUAAUUAAAAUAAUAGCUACUUGAAAAUGAUAAAGAGAAUAAAGAGAAUUAUUAGAAACUUGCUAAUGAGAUGGAUUUUAUAAAAUCGCAAAUAUCUUAAAUACUAAAAACGGUUUAGCAGUGA